CUGCCCACCACAUCCUCCGCGAAGCUAGUGAUGGUCUCGCAAUCCGGAUUGAUGGAUCCGAACCAAUCUGCUCCGUUCGCUAGCUGUCAAAGUGAAGGGCAACAAAAAAAACUCAGUCUAAUUUUCUCUUUCGCAUUUGCAAUUGUUUUCAAUAAGUUUACAUUGUACAUUUUCUUAUUUUCUCUACAAAAAUGUUAUUCCUUAACGAGCGUAUGCUGCAGAAGAUGGAGUGCGCGUGAAACACCCUGCAAAACUGAAUCUAUCCAGCGGCUCCACUGGCCUGCCUAUUUUGGUGUCCCAGAAGGACACCAAACGCAUAGUGAAUUUUGUGACAAACAUUCGGCGGUGGACCAUCCUUGAAACGGGAAACCGUACCUUUGCUCGCAGUGAUGAACCACAACGCAUUCCCGGUGUGGCAAGUGGCAACAACCGAGCAGACGACUAGAGUCGGCACCACCACCAGCCAAAACAAUGAUGGUGGAAGCAUUUCAACGCUAAAGUAUGUCACAAACGCACGGCCAAAUGUGAAGAUUAUAAGCAUCCCGAGUCAAGGUGCGGUGAGCAACAACGAUGGCACACUGUUGUACGGAACGUCGAUCGAUGGUUCAUAUUUGACAGUGACCAAAAACCAACAGUCGCAACAUCAGCAACCACUUCGCCGAUCAACGGCCGCCAACCAUGGAACUAUGUUGAAUGAUUCCAUUCUGCUUCAAACAGCCGACGGCCGGGAGUAUCUCGUCGACGAACGAUCGAUACAGAACAUUGAUCAAAUUCCACCGGAAAAUUUAAUCUACAUGACCUCUUCCGAUGUGCCCCCGUCGGUGUCGGAAGUUGAUAAAAUAAAUCACCACCUUUCGAUCGCUUCCCUGCCAUCGGUAGCGGAUCAAAAUCAGCUUCAACUGGAUGGAUAUGUUGAUUCCGGAGCAACAGUGGAAGCAGCGGAACAAACGCCACAACUUCAGGCCGAGUACGCAGAAGAGUGCCAAGUGACGGAGGAAGUAAUUACGGACGAUUGGGUUCAAUCGCAGGGUGAAGAGUGUGUACAGGUGACGGUCGAUCAGCUCGGUGUGAAUACGAUCGCGGUGGAGGAUGAGAUACCGGUACCGCUCGACCAGGACCAGUACACACUGUCCCGGCCAUAUCCGUGCGAUUUCUGUAGCCGGCGGUUUCGCAAGAAGGCUAGCUUGCAGAACCACCUGAUGGCACACUCGAAUGAUCGACCGCACAUGUGCAAUCUGUGCGGUGCUCAGUACGGUCGACGGUCGGAUCUAAUCAAUCAUCUCAAGCAGCACGCGUACGCCGGAACCGAGCAGGAUGAGUUGUCUCUCCGGGGCGAUCACGACGCAGAUUAUGAUCUAUCGGAUCUUACAAAUACAGCUAGCCAUAUUAAACAUCGUACCAGACAUUCGAGCGAGGAUGAAGAUCUCUACAUACAGGAGGCGAUGGUGAGCUACAACUCACAACCUCCAAUGCAGCUGAUUUCCACCACGAAUUAUGGUGCUUCUUCGGCGACGAUAUCGUCUUCCUACGAGCAUGAUGAACCCGUCGAACGUACAUCCUUCAUCAGCAAUGGUACACUAGGGGUCGAUCAGCACUCUAUCAUCGAUACGGAUUAUCCAAGCUCCACGCUUCCUACAAUGGCAACAGGCAAGAGAAUGGCACGAAAAAAACAAAUCGCUCCGGCAGAAAUUCGAUCCGCACGAACAAAGCCAGCCCCAGCGACCAAAGCAUCAACACAGGUACGAUCGACAGGAGCAACACGGACAAACGUACCUGUGAAUCGUCAAAUUAAAAAAGAACCGAUUGAAAAUGCUGACCUCAAUGGCACAACUGCUGCUCCGCUGGGGGCAGUUUUUCCCAUCGUUGACGAACGCAAACCGUUCGUUUGUCAGCAGUGCGGCAUAUCGUUUGGAAGGGAAAAAGCACUGAUGGCUCAUUCUCGCACCCAUGCAAACAGAACGCGCUAUGAGUGUGAUUAUUGUUAUGCUCAAUUUAAUGAAUUGUCACAACUGGAGAUUCACGUUAGUCGUGCGCACCAGCAAACGGCAAACAACACGGAACGCGGCAAGGGUGAACUCGUAAGCAACGAAAACAAAGCGGAAUGGGUACCACCAGCUCAUGAAGCGUAUGAUCACGUCUCCGGCGGAACAUCGGUGGACACUAGGAAUCGAUACAAUUGUGAUAAAUGCAAUGCCGUUUUCUUCGAACUGGAACACAUACUGAAUCAUGCGCAGCUAAAGCACGGUGCGGCCUACACCUCCGUUAUUGAUACAACGCCUCGUAAUGUGACCGUUAAGCAGGAAACACCCGCCAAACCCAUGGAUUACGGUGAUGAUCUCGAGGAGGAAGUCACCGAUCAGGAGAUAGAAGAAGAGGACUACGGAGAUUUAGAUUACUCGAUCGAUAACUAUGAGAAUCGCUCCAGCGAUCAGGAGACAACAAACGCUACGCAGCACCAACCGACCGCGUUGACGUGUCGUGAGUGUGGGGAAACGUUCGAGAGUGGGAUGGCACUGUUGGAACACUCGGAAACACACAACCGCUACGAACCGCACGAGUGUCAGCUGUGUGGUGAAAAGUUUCUCGACGAAAGCACCAUCAAGCAGCACGUACAGGAGCGCCACCGGAACGAACUGAGCGCAACGUCGUGCGCGAUCUGUGGCAAACGGUGCAAAAGUCAAACGACGCUGAUCAAACAUGCGUGGGAUCACUCGCGGGAACGGACACACUCCUGUUCGCAGUGUGGCAAAACGUUCCACCACAUGACACGGCUCAAGCGCCAUAUGGAAUCGCACCGUAACAAGACGGUUCGGUGUGAGGUGUGCAAGCAGGAAUUUCCCGACGGCCGUACGCUCAUGAACCAUCGCCAUUCGCACACGAAAUCGAACGAAUAUCCGUGCCACGAGUGUGGCAAAACGUUCGGUUCCCGCUCUUCGCAGCAGAUUCAUAUGCGCAUCCAUACCGGCGAACGGCCGUACGCUUGCCGGUUCUGCUGGAAAGCAUUUGCCGAUGGGGGUACGCUUCGGAAGCACGAGCGGAUUCAUACGGGGGAAAAACCGUACGCCUGUCCCGUUUGUCCGAAGGCGUUCAAUCAGCGCGUGGUUUUGCGCGAACACAUCCGUGCGCAUCAUUCGCAAGCGGAUGCGAAGCGUGGAUCACCCAACCAGCCAUACUACUGCAGCGUGUGUAGUUCUCCGUUUUCUACCACGGACGAUCUGGUACAGCAUUUGAUCAAGCACAGCGACAUGAACACGGCGAUGAAGCGCGAACCACCGACAUUUCCGCGGAAGUACAAACGACGGCGAAAGUUGAAACCGCACGAACUGGAACGGCUGCAAAGUGGCCGUCGGAAGCAAAAAAAUAAACCACCCGAAGACUUCGAUGAUGAUGAGGACGAGGAUGACCAUGAUGGGGAUGAUGGGGAUGAAGCUGGCUGUGAAGAAAGUGCCGACCGUACGGAGGAGAAGACGACUGCCAAGCAGCAUCACGGAUCGAAAUCGUCGAUCGUUUUGUCCCACCCGGAUGGGACACUGAAGACAAAACGCGAGCUUAAUCUCGAGUACGGACGGCGGGGUGAAUCGCGUGGUUCGAAACCAUCCUUUCCAUCGCACGGUAUGCUGGAUGAAAAUGGUAUUAAUCUGUUGAGCAAUAUCGUGCUACUUCAUGGAGGACAGCAGCAAGAUGCACCUUCGCCUGCUAACAGUGGCAAAUCUGCUCGCAUGCUAUCGAAACCAUCCGCCCCGGGGAGUGUUACUACAAAGUCGAAAGAAAAAGCCGGACCAAGCAGCAGCAGCAUCGCACAAAAAUCGAAAAGUAAUGCGACGAAAAAAAGGGCAUCCCGCAAGCGUACGACUUCAUUUGUCAACAAAGAUUCACCUGACGCGGUGGUCAAGAUGAAGGACGGUGAUGAUCGCGCUUCACCGCACAGUGCCGGCAGUACGAUCACGAACGUGAUGGAAGCAUUUUUCCGUAGCCGCAAGCGCAACUCAUUGCUGCCGGAGAUACCGUCGCACCGGAUCUCUUCCGUAAGCUUUCCCUUGCUGGACGAUGGAAAUACAGACGAUCCGAUGGAUGAACCGAUGGUGGAGGAUGGUUGCCGGCGGGGUUACGGACACCCAACACAACCUCGCAAAGCUACUACGUCAUUUAGCGCGUCGGAAGAUGAUUUUCACCAACAGCUGCUGAUGGAAAUAUCGCACAGGAACAAGUACACGGAUCGGUUCAACAGUGACACCGUACACGAUCUGGAAGAAAUUCUACGAUCACCAGUAAAGAAUGUUCCAUCGCGAAACAUGUUGUCUGCGCCUUCGGCCAAGCGUACCAACAACCGGCAAGCCGGUAAAACAUCCAUCCCGCGUAAGCAAGCAACGGUACGGAAAGGAAAGUCUAAGGCGAAAAACAAAAGGCCUGUUUCGGGCCGGCAGCAACAGGAACCCGUCGAAAAGAAGGAACCUGUUAAGAAAGUGAUCCAAGAAACACCACCAGCAGUGUUACGCAGUCAGCGACUGACGCGCCGUCAGCUCGAACGCGAAGUCAAUUUCUUGAAGGAAGCAUAUGAAGCGAGCGCAACGGGACCGAGCAAAGAAAAUGACACACCAUCCGGUUCACAGGAUGUCGCAUCGGACGCGCUAACGGAUGCAGUUAACGCUGUGAAUGAGACACCGAGCGUGCGGAUGGAUAGUUCCGAGCGGUUGGCUGCAAUGCUGCUAAACGAUGGUCUACCGGCGGAUGACGCGCAAAGCAGUAACGGUAGUGGCGAUAGCAGUUGUCACGGUAACAUCUUCCAACACGAAGAUGCCUUUGCUUCUACCAAGGCGUAUGCAGAUGCAUUGCAUAUGAUGGAUUUGGCAGAUGUAGAGAAGCAAGAGGACGCCGCAGUUGGAAUGAUAGAGGAGCGAAUGGACGAAGAAAACGAUCCGGAUGAUAGUGGUCCGUACACGGACAAAACCAUCACUACCUCACAAGACACAGGCACCGGCGGAUCCGCUGGAACCGCCGAUUACCGAUGUUCGAUCUGUGCUGCCUGCUUUGAUGAUCGAGCACAGCUCAUCCUACACGUUCCGGUACACAUUUAAGAUGCACAGUGGAAAACUAAAACUAACCACAACAUGCCUUGAGUGUCAGGGUAACGAUGCAACGCAUGCUAGGCAUGCAUUUCUCUUGUUCGAGCUGACAGUCUGGCUGAUAAAUCUUGAGCGCAUCUCUGCGUGGGGGAACGCUAGCCACUAAACUCUCAACUACCGUGAGCGGAGGGUUUUAAAAAUUUGUCGUUUUGUUACGUUUACCGUGAAGUUAAGGAUUGUUUUUUUUUAAAUAUUUUUUUUCGAUUUACGAAAAGUGCGCAAAAAGCUUGACACAAAACAGGGUCGCAGCAAACGUGUAAGCCUGAAUCGGAACUACUUAAUCAAUAAAUUCGUUAAUGGUGUAA